AAACGUUAUAUAAAUAAAUGGUCGCCUUCUUCUUUCUCUUCCGAUCGAGAAAAAAACAAUCGAGUCGAGCGAAGCGUCAUUGUCUGUCUCUUCUCUCCUCUACCACCAACCAUCAUGACUGAUGAACAAAUUGCAGCGCAGCAGACUGAGCUGCGCAAGAAGCGUACCUUCAGGAAAUUCACCUACCGCGGUGUGGAUCUCGACCAGCUGCUGGAUAUGAGCAAUGAACAGCUGGUAGAAUUGUUCCCUUGUCGCCAGAGACGCCGCUUCCAGCGAGGCCUGAAGCGCAAGCACAUGGCACUUCUUAAGCGACUGCGUAAGGCCAAGAAGGAAUGCCCAGCUCUAGAGAAACCGGCCGUCGUUAAGACCCACUUACGUGACAUGGUGAUCAUACCUGAGAUGGUGGGGUCUAUGAUAGGUGUCUACAAUGGAAAGACUUUCAACCAGGUUGAAAUUAAGCCUGAAAUGAUUUCACACUACUUGGCAGAGUUCUCAAUUACUUACAAGCCAGUAAAGCACGGUAGGCCUGGUAUUGGUGCUACCCACAGCUCUCGUUUUAUCCCACUGAAGUAAAAUAAAGUGUGAAAUCAUAUA